CCCGACACCUGAGCCGUGAUGGUGUCCGCUGCCUGCCGGUUGUUACCGCGGUCCCCAGCCAGGUCUCAGUACCCACUCACGCACAGAUCCAUUUAACACGCAGGGAAUCGUACUGUGGUUCCCUGCAGGUGACGUGUGGCAGCGAUGGUUGCACAACGGUUCCUGGUGCUGAUGGUAACGGCAGCGGCGCUCCAGCAAGUUCUUGCAGACGGGCAACAGAAUCCCACGCCGGAGGAACGCCUCAAGAAGAAGCUAUUGGAAGGCUAUGACAAGACCACGUUGCCACAGCGUGAAAGCAAUGGUACAACCACCGUGCGGAUGGGUGUGCAAGUUCAGGGCACCUGGAUCGAAGAAGAUAAGCAAGUUGUCCAUAUCAACGCCUGGGUCUUGUUGACUUGGACAGAUCCUCGCCUCACGUGGGACCAUAAGGACUAUGGCGGAAUGAAAACUGUGCAAUUCGGGGACCAUGAAGUGUGGCAGCCAGGCAUCGUCCUCUAUAACAAUGCUGAUGUGACGAAGGUCGACCCAUAUGGAAACACUGACGUGAUCAUUGAUUCUGAUGGAACCGUGGUGUGGGUACCGCCAGCCACUUUUCGUUCCGAAUGUCCUUUGGAUGUGACCUACUGGCCUUACGACUCUCAAGCUUGUGCCUUGUAUCUUGGCUCUUGGACCAGGCAUGGCUACCACAUUGAUAUUCAGCUCUAUAAGAACAGAUCACACGUGAUUCCCGGUUGGUUCAUGAAAUACACACAUUCGUGGCAGUUCCUGGGGGGCCAGCUAAACAUAAUAGCCAGAGAAUACCCAAACGUUAACCUGCGUUAUGUCAUGUUACAAAUGAUUGUGAACUUCUCAAGGGUGUCCCCCAUUUUCACCUAUACAGUUGUUUUCCCAGCCAUUGUGAUCUCAGCGCUGACGUUGCUGCAGUUCGUCUUGCCAAUGAGGGAACCUCGCCGCCUGAUGGUGGGUUGUGUGAGUCUCCUUCUGACGCUCAUGCACCUUGUCUACCUGGUUUCUGUUGUCCCAACUCUCUCUGACUCCAUUCCUAUUGUAGUGAAGUUCUUUGGGCAGACACUGGCUGUGAUAGUGGUGAGUGUGGGAGUUAGUGCCACACUGCUCCGCCUUACUGACACCCGCCAACCUACCAUCUCCUUUGCACCACCGGUUGCUCUGAAGACCCUCCUCACUGGCCCUCUUGGCACUGUACUCUUCCUCAGGCAGUACACUGACAAGGUGGGAAUGAGCGGGGGUGCAUCUGAAGAUGGAGAAGUACUUGAGGAAACACGUCCUGCCUCACACCACUAUGAAUGGCUUCUGGUUGCUGCUGCUGUGGAUCGUGUUGCUGUUCUUGCCUUCAUUGCCACUUUCUUCAUUACCUUCAUUGCCUAUGUGGCUGCUGUUUGAUGUACACAAUAAAAACUGAUGGCUGUUUUUUAAUUGAAUUAUGAGCAGCUCAUUGUUUGAUUGUUGAUGACCUGUUUCUCUCUCAACAAAAGAGGAGAAAGUGAAUAGCAUCAAGACAUAUUACCUUCAUCUUGGCAUACUGAUUAGCCUGCACUUUUUUUUCUCUUGCCAGUGUGAGUGCGUCUUUGUGCAUGCACAUGCAUUCAUCACAUUUUGGUAUAAAUUUUGUGAAACUCAGAGAACAAGCUCUUAUUAAUACACAGUAAAAACCAACAUAAGCUAACUUACAGAAAUUGUAAUUUAUGUGAAAUAUCUUUGAAACAUGGAAACCCAUCCUGCAGGGUCUGAGUCUUCUGUUUCCUUCCUGUACCUUACUCAGAGGAUAUGUUAGCAAGAAAAGCUGCUUAAGAGAUGUUUGGUCAGGCAGUUAAGGUCAAUCAUUAGACAGUAAAUGGUUAAUUUGUAUUAGUUUUAGGAUGACUGGACAUGAUGACAAUAUACACUGAGCACUUAAAAUGUGAGACUGAUUACCAUAUGGAUCCAACAAAAAAAAAUUUUGGUAGUGUUUCACUCAAGUGCUCUCACAGGCAGCUGCUUGGUCAUGUUUGCCCAUCAUUUCCAUGCUUCUGAUAAAUACCUCUGUGCCUGCCACUCACCCUUCCCAGUUUGUGUAUCAGAAUGGAAUAUAGUACUCAAUCUUAGAUACUCAAGCACAUAUGCUCCACACUUUAAUACAAUCAUUAUAGUUUCUUGAGGUAUAAUGUAUGUGUAUGCAUGUGCUCAAACUCAGCUAGUCCUGACUGUAUGAUACUUAGUUAUUACUAAUUAUGUUGGUUUAAUUUGUCUCACAACCAAUUAAAUGAAAUACAAACACAGUUCUGUGAUUGAAACCAAUGAAUAAAUAACAAUGAUC